AUGACACCCCGUUAUAACAACAGUCGUCGUCGUACUCGUUUACAAAGCUCUAGCACUUCUUCUUUGUAUGAGACCUUGGAACUUGUCCAGAAGGAAAAAGCAAAGCUAGGAAGGGAAGUCCGCAAACUCUCACGUAAAAAUCAAGACCUAAAUAGAGAGUUGAGGAGGUCAAAUGAGGAAAAUAGACUGAAAGAAGCUUAUAUUAAUGAUAUUGAGCAGAAGUUAAAAUUAUUAGAGGUGAUCCGUCAACAACAAGAAGAACGUAUUAAGAGUCUUGAUAAUAAAAAGGAGGUAAAUGAAUAUCGAGAAAUGAAUGAAGGAUCAACUAGUUUUGUGAUACUUGAAGAUACUUCGAAUUAA